UUUGUUCCUCUUUUUCGCCCCGAUCCUUUCCUUACGUGUAUGAAACCCUAGGUCCCUUCGUUUUCUAGGGUUGGAAAAUCACCGUCGUGAACCUCGAUCAAUCGCGCGAUUACUUCGGGAAGGUGGAAUUGGACUUCAGAAACGGGUUUACCUUCGAUUUCGGAUCUGAUCGAUAGGAGAUUUGUCUGGAGAUGUUGUAUCUCUAGGUUCGAUUUAGGACAGAUUUGGGGAUCGUUGGCUUGGAAUUAUGUUUUUGGAUCCGAAAUUAGGACGUCAGUCUGCUCGCCAUGUAAAAUGGGUGAUGAAAUUUGGAUUUUAUUCAUUAUUUCUUUGAAUUUUGUAAUUGUUGAUGGAAAUUAGGGUCGAGAAGAAUGAGGAAUCUGAUAUACCUAAGAAGCCAAAAUCUUUGGAUCUCCAGAGUAUUUAUGUGAAAAAACCAAGAAAUUCUGAGAGGAAAUCCGGCGUCAAGAAGGAGGUUUUAGUGUGGGAAGUAGAAAAUAAAGUCCUCAAGAAGAAGCUAGGCUCCCAAUUUGAGGAGGAUGGAGAAGUUCUUUCAAAGCCAAGGAAAAAAAACAGAAAAGAGGUAUCCUUGAGCAGGCUUGUACCUGCUUCUAAGCGGCAGCGAAACAGUUCAAAUGUCCCAAAGUCAGAUAAAGAUCAAAUUUCCAGUGUCCCCAAGAGUGAUGAUACCUCCAGUAGAAGUGAUGCCACACAUAAUCUGCAAGGAACAAAUGGAGAUGCACAAAAUUCAGCUAAGGACCAUUAUUCACAGCCCACAAGGGAGAUAGAUGAUGCAUCUAUCGCUGAUGAAUCUAAAAGCAAAAAUUAUACAGACGAUGGUUUCCUUCUUCCAAAGCGGCGUAGGGGCAUUCCAAAGUCAAGAAAAUCUAAAGAUCCCAUAAGCUUGGAAACUGAAAUAUCUAACUCUUGCCAUGCAAAGGUUAAUACUAAUGUUCUGGAUAAUAAAUUAAUUGUCAAAGACAAUUUGAAGCCAAAGGAAUUGAGUGAAAAGAAGAGGAAGAAAAAGAAGAAAGUAGAUGAGUGUGAUAUAAGUGGGUCCCAUAAAGAUGAUUCUACUCCUUCCACCAGUGUUGGAAAUCACAGUUUUAUCAAGGAUGGGAAUAGAAAGGUUAGAAACAGACAGGAGAACACAAAGAUGUCUGAACAAAGAAAUCUUGUUAAUCAGGCACGUUUUGCGGACAAUAGUGUGAAUUCAGUUUCUGUUUCUCAGGAUGAUGAUGAGGAAAACCUUGAGGAGAAUGCUGCUAGAAUGCUUUCUUCACGUUUUGAUCCGAAUUGCACUGGUUUCUCUGCAAAGAGGUCAAAAAGUGGAGCUGAUUCAGUGAAAAACUUAUCUUGUUCACAAUCUGACCAUGAGAGAAUGAAGGGUUCUCAAGGUGAGGCUUGUUCAAUUGAUUCAUCAGGUAGGAGUCUUCGCCCAAGGAGACACAAUGGAAAAAGCUUUGCUCGGAAGCGCCGCCAUUUUUAUGAAGUCUUUUUGAGGGAUAUGGACCCUUAUUGUUUGGUUAAACAACGAAUCAGAGUUUUCUGGCCUUUGGAUCAGAAUUGGUACUUUGGCCUGAUUAAGAGUUACGAUCCUAUGACUAGGUUGCAUCAUGUCAAGUAUGAUGAUCGAGAUGAGGAGUGGAUUAACCUCCAAAAGGAAAGAUUUAAACUAUUACUUUUCCCCAGUGAAGUUUCUAGCAAAUUUAACUUUGAGAAACCAGGGACAGAGACACAAAACAAAAAAGUUGAAGAGGUAGACACCGCAGAGAGCAGUUAUCUAGGAAGCCUCACAGAAUCAGAACCCAUUAUCUCCUGGCUGACUCGUACAACCCAUCGAACUACAUCUUGCCCUUCCAAUACCACAAAGGGACAUCUUAGAGCUAGUCCUUUGAAGGAUACCAGUCCUUUGCUGUUACCAGAACCGAAAGAAAACAUCCCUAUGAUUCAACUGGAUACAAUAUCUAGUGACUUAUUACCAAAUUGCAAGGGAUCACAUCAGUCAUGUGAUUGGAACAAUAAUGGUGCAUCUGAGCAGAAGAAAAGUAUUGAUUCUCAAAGCAAGAAGUUACCUUAUGUUUACUUCAGAAAACGGUUCCGAAAUAAAAAGGAAGAUUUUAAAACCAAACUGGCACAACAUGCUGUUGAUAGUGAUCAAGGUGGUUCUGCAAGCAUUCUCUCUAUUGUUAGCAGUAUGACUCCUAGAUGGGAAGCUGAGAAAAAGUCGACUAUGGUGAACUUCCAACAAGUUAUUGUUAUAUUGAGCUUACCACUUCGAUGGACUCUGGACUUCACUUCUCAAAGCCAAAUCUUUUGGCUUUUUCGAUCACUUUAUAAUGCAAGGCAUGGUAAACUGGUUUGUGGAUGGCCUAACGUUCACAUGGAGGUAUUUUUUAUUGAUGGCAUUCGUGGACUAAGGUUUAUUUUGUUUGAGGGAUGUUUAAAGCAUGCGGUCUCUCUUUUCUGUUUGAUCAUCAAGAUACUGAAUCAAUAUGUUGAAAAGAGCAACUUCACCAACACUUUAAUUCAAUAUCCGUCAAUUGUGCUAAGCAUUUCAAGAUUGAACAAUUCAGGUGAGAACCUUCUUUUUUAUAAUUUGUUCUCCAAGAUGGAAAGUUCAAGAUGGAGGCACUUUGAGGGAAAGUUUAAAAAGCUUUUCACAAAGGAGGCAUUGAUCUCACCUCCUUACAUCUGUUCAAAUAAACUGUACCUUUCUACCAAUGAAAUAUCACACAGCUCUGUUAAGCUGCUUGAGAAGUUUUGGGAAAGGUCAAGCCUAUUCUGUAGACCUGAAAUGAAUAAUGCAGUUAAUCCAGUUUUGAAUAAUUUUGUUCAUUAUGUGACUGAAGAGCAUGAGAAGCAUUAUCCAUGUUCCCUUUAUCUUGCAAAAGGAUCAUCUUUUUCUCUAAGUCUGUAUCACAAGUUGCCAAUUGAGAAAGAAACAACUUCUGGAGCUCGGACUUCAGUUUCUUCACCAAAAGAUGCAGAUAAUACUAAUAAUACAUCAACGUCUGAUCUCUGUGUUUCUUUUGAUGAAGCCCCUAAGCAAGCUCCAGAAAGGCUUGGUAGAAUGUGGUCUUGCUUCAGUGAGGCUGCAGUUGAUCACAUAUCAUCAAGUACACAUACUUUGACUGAUGGAACUUAUGGUAAUAGAUAUGCUAACAACAAUAAGUCUAAUGGCCAUCAAGAUCUUGUAGCUGGUGAUGAUGGUGUGGGGAAUAUUACCGACCAUGGGUGUGUCUUGCAAUCUGGAACUCCAAAUGAGUCUGCAACAUCUGUGCACACCGUUCAUUUUGGUUCUGAAUAUGCUGAAGAUUCAUUUCCUCUGAAAUCUCAUAAUGAUAGACAUAUAAUCAAUACCACCAAUAUUGAGGUUCCACUUGAGGAAGUUGAGAAGCAUAAUAUUAAAAAAGGUUUGUUGAUGCAUCACCCUGCUUCCAAUUUGAUCCUUGAAAUGAAAGAACAUGAAAACCCUAGGGCAAACGUUCCACGAAGUAUGUGGCAUCGCAAUCGCCAUACUUCACUUUCACGGACAUUUAUUCACAGUCCGAAACUGGGUUCCACAGAUCUUAUGGCCAAUGGUGUUUCUAGUGGCUACAAGAGACCUCGAACCCAGGUCUCAUAUUCAAUGUUACCUGGAGGUCAUGAACAUGCUUCAAAAUCUAUAAUUAACCAUCAGAAGAUAAAUUCUCUUAAAAAGGUUAAGGAACUUGUUGCAAAUUCAUCUUCUGGUUAUUCCAGAAGUUCACGGAAUUCCUCAAAUUCACUUAUCUGUGAAGCUAAUGUCCUCAUAACUCAUGCUGAUAAAUGUUGGAGAGAACUUGGAGCCAAAAUUCAGCUUGACCGAGCUGAUCAGAAGAAUUGGAGGAUAUGCGUACAGGUUUCAGGUGUUACAAAAUAUGUAUACAAGGCACACCAUGUUUUACAGCCUGGGACCACAAAUCGAUACACUCAUGCUAUGAUGUGGAAAGGAGGAAAAGAAUGGAUGUUAGAGUUCACUGACAGGAACCAGUGGUAUAUUUUCAAACAAAUAUAUGAAGAAUGCUAUAAUCAAAACAUUAGGGCUGCCUCUAUGAAGAAUAUUCCAAUUCCAGGUGUUAGGUUGUUCUCAGAUAGUGAUGAUGGUUAUAUUGAGGUGCCUUUUGCUAGGAAUUCUUUAAAGUACUUUCGAUAUAUUGGCUCCGAGGUUGAUUUUGCCCUGGAUCCAUCUCAUGUGUUGUAUGACAUGGACAGUGAGGAUGAGGAAUGGAUAUCCUCAGUGAGAGUUUCUAUGGACUCCACUGAUAAUAAGAUUCCUGAGGUUACAGAAGCUAUGUUUGAAAAGGUUAUGGACAGGUUUGAGAAACUUGCAUAUACUCAACAAUGUGAGGAACUUACCAAUGAAGAUAUAGAGAAAUACAUGGCUGAUGUUGGACAGACAGACUCAGUUGAAGUUGUUUACGACCAUUGGAGGCAAAAGAGAAAGAAGAAAGGUUUGCCUCUUAUCCGGCAAUUCCAGCCACCUCUCUGGGAACAGUUUCAGCAGCAACUGAAGGAAUGGGAAUUAAAGCAGAGCAGAGUCCCUAUCCAAUCUGGAGGAUGCCACGACAUAGCAGAUUUAAUGAAGAAACCGCCUAUGUUUGCCUUUUGUUUGAGACCACGAGGCUUGGAAGUUCCUUUAUCAAAGCAGAGAUCUCAUAAGAAGCUCAUGUUCAAUGGCCACCAUAAUGUUUCAACGAGAGACCAAGAUAGCUGCUCUAAUCUUGGGAGAAAAGUGGAUGGCUUUUCACUCGUGGAGGUUACUGGUUCCAGCUACGAAUCUUCUGAUUCUUAUCACGGGCUUCUGACUCAAUCUACCUUUUCACCGCGGGAUACUGCAAGCACUGAAUCCUUGUUCGCUCAUGAUAGUUCAGAAAGGUUUCUAGACUCGAGAUAUUCUCGAAGCAAUUCAAAAAAGAUUGAUGCAUUCCUGUCUCCCAGGUAUCUUCAAAAGGCACCAUUCACAUAUAAUCAAAGACCUAAAAAUGAAGUCAAUAAAUGGACUUCAGACUAUUCUGAAAGUUCUAGCAUAAAGCAAGCUUCAUCAAAUGGGUUUCAGAGGCAUCUUGCUGAUAUGGAUGAGUUUAGGUUGCGUGAUGCAACAAGUGCUGCUCAGCAUGCAUGGAACAUGGCUAAGCUUAAGAGAGAGAAAGCACAGUGGUUGCUACACAAGGCUGAUCUUUCACUUCAUCGAGCCACAGUUGCGCUAAUGACAGCAGAGGCAAUAAAAUCAUCUGAGAAAGGCGUUGUUGGAGAUGGGUAAACAAUAAGGAUACUGAGGCUAUAUUUGCCAGAAUUAUCCUUGAUUCAUCACGGUUGUAAUCAUUUUGCUGGAUAAGAUUUUUCUUGGGAGUUGGCCCUUGAGAUUUCUUAUAGCUAAACCAAACAGAUUGAAGUGAUAUCGGACAUGGAGAGCUACCCAAAGAGAAGUUCCUUUUUGAGGAUUUUGUUCAGCCACUUCAGUUUAACAAUUUCAGCUUCGUCUACUAGCUCUUUCAUUUGUCCCUGGAGAUAGUGUGUAGUUUUCAAUGCUAAUCCUGUACAGAUUUUUUUUUUCCCCUGUUUUCAUCUGUAUUUCAGAAAAUGUCUACUGAUAGUUCACUCGGUACGUCUGCCGAGAAGUUUUUCUAUAUCAGAUCACAAGCUACUGACAGGCAAAGCUGGGUUAAAUCGCUGGCCAUUUGUACUGGUAUAAGUUUUCCCAUAUUCACCAUAAUCUAAUUUUGCAUCGCCUA